AUGCAAGCUCCAGUUCGAUACACAUGCAAGACAAAACAGGACGUGGGAAACUGGCUGAUAUGCCAGGAUGAGCCCUACACGAUCAGGCCUCCAUGCCUGGUCUAUUCUUUCGGAAUCAACUGGGAGUUUGGCUUUGAUGAUGCAAUGACUGACUUGGGAUGUGAGGUGCAUUUAUUUGAUCCCAGUAUGAAGGAGAAGGACCACAAGAGAGCCAACAAUUCAACAUUCCACAACAUGGGCAUCGGCAGCUACAACACGGACGACACUUCAUCCACAACACAGUUACCCUUCAUCCACAACACAGUUACACUUUAUCCACAACAUAGUUACACUUCAUCCACAACACAGUUACACUUCAUCCACAACAUAAAAGUGAUUGACGUCCUCAAGAUGGAUGUGGAGACCUACGAAUGGACGAUUAUUGAUAACAUGAUAGAGACAGAUGUUUUUAAAUCUAUACGACAGUUUGAUGUAGAAUACCACCUCUUUCCUGACUACCCUCUUGCUGAGGAAUACAUUCACAUUUAUCAGGUAAGGCUGUCUUUUGCUGCUAUGUGA